AUGCCCUGGUCGAGUCACACCUCAGCUUUUUGGGGAGCAGCUGCGGCUUUAACGUCGCUGUCCUUCGUCAGCAGUGCUGCCGGAGCUGUGGUUCUGCUGACCUACACCGUGGGGUUGAGUGCGGGAAUCAUACCAGGCUACAUCAGCAACCAUCUGGACCUCGCGCCCAACUUCACCGGUCUUCUCCUGGGCAUUACCAACGGUCUCGGUAGCAUAGGUUCCAUCCUGGCCACUCUGUUCGCCGGAUUUAUCGUCACAGAUGAGUCAAAUGCAGAUCAGUGGAUGCUCGUCUUCUACGUCUGUGCAGCUAUAUUUUUCUUCAGCAAUUUGAUCUUCUUGGCCUUUGGAACAUCCGACGUUCUACCUUGGAAUGAUACGAUACAAAGAGACACAAACGAGAAUCUGUUAAAUCAGGAUGUAGAGAAGUGGGGGAAAGAAGACUUAAAACAGUGA